CUUGGAGCGCAAGCUCAGGGCGCGUUCAUUAUCGACAUCCCAAAGGAUUGCCGAUCAGUGUUGCCAGAACGGCCGGUUGGGGAAUCGGACUGCACAGUCUAUUAUCCGGAAAAGAUUGAGUCGGGAUUCUGGAGAAUUCGCAGCGAGAAAAGAAGGAGGCGGUUCCCCCAUUUGGAUGUCGACCCAAGCAAGGCCAAUCCCAACAUCGGUGCUGCCAUCCAAGAGUUCCAGAUGCGCCUUGAAAAUGGCCUUAGGGGUGUCGCAUACGAGACCGAUAUCCCAGCGCACACUCGCGAAGAUCGCGCACGAGCUUCUCUGCCUGGAGAAAGCUCCCUUUGGCCCAUCCCAGGUCAACUGCCUAAGGACGGUGGUAUAGUCGGACUCCACACUCCAACUGGCUACAUAGGGGCGCCCGGGGCACCGUUUUUGUGGCAUUUCGAAGACCUUAGGCUGGGUGCCAUGAAUACCCAAUACUGUGGGCAUAAAGCGUGGUUUGUUACUCCGCCGAACUUUUUCGACCGGGCAACUGAGACAUUUAUCAAGAUAUUGGGGUUGAAUCCGGACCACGACCAGUUCUUAAGGCACGAAGCACUGCAUGGUGGUGUUGACUACCUCCGGGCUAAGGGCAUUCCGACGACAGGUUUUUUACAAAGGCCUUGGCAGACGGUUGUCCUUUACCCAGGCGCCUAUCACUCUGGAUUCAGCGUGACGAACACUUUGGCCGAAGCUGUUAACUACGCUGGUCCAACAUACACCUAUCCGGAAGGCUAUAGGCCUUGUAAGUAUGAAUGCGAAAAGCGUCCCCCCAUUACAUACGACUUGGUCUUUUCCCCUAAUCGGGGAAAUGAGGCUGCUCGUACUGGGGAGGAAGAGACUGCCCCUGGUGGUGGGGAGGAAAAGACUGCCCCACGGACCUUGCGCCAAAGACGGCCCAUCACCUUACGCCCUGUACUUGCCGCGGCUUCCAGGCCCCCAAAAAGGAAACGACCCGCAGGCAGGCCAAGUUCCGCGAGUCGCACAGGCCAAAGAGACUCGAGAUCACACGAACCAGAGGAGCAAGACGAGUUACAAGACGAACCGAUAACGAAGCGGAACAAAAUCAGUGUCGAGGUCCUGGCGGAGGAAUUGCUUCGUCCCGAGGCAGAAGAGCGAAUCAGGAGCCAUGCACUGGCAUUGGCCGAAUACCGGACACUCGGGUUGCCAAAGCCUCGCGGGGAUUCGGAUUGGCUCAACUAUGCAGACUACUGUUGCGAGUUUGGUGCACGUUGGGAUCGGGGCAUACCAUUUUGCGCAAUGAUGGGUUUGACUAUGAACACGCGCAGUCUCGAGACGAUGUAUCAUAAAGCCUUCGGCCCCGAUGAAAUGUACACUGCCGCCGGGACGCUGAAGCAACUACCGACCGAUAUCAGCGACCAAUUCAGAGCCAAGCGACGCGAGAUGACGGACGACGCUUUCGCCACCUACUUGAAACGCCUACGGAAAUAUCUGAAAAUCGACCUGGACUUCCUCCCUUUUAUGCCUUAUAAUCGGGGGGGCAAGACCGCUCUAUGGCAUUACGAAAGAUUAUCCGACCUGCAAAUAGAAGAACUACGCGCGCUCACUAACACUGACAGGGCGAAGGAACUCGCGGGAAUUGGCAGAGCCUUUCGGGCCAAGAUUCUUAUGGGCGACGCUAUAUGGACAGGAGUUGAACUAGAGGAUCUUAAAAGGAUGCCUAUCAAGCAGCUUUUAAGCUACCUGGACUGAGCCAAAUGGGUCAAGAGCGGGCGAAAACGGGGAAGAUAAUGUGUACAAUAAACAUGUAAGAUGCAAACGUAAAAGUAUGUACAUUUUCCGUCGUCCAUUUGAGAAAAUCCUUAACGAACGUUUGCUUAAGAGUGAGGCCGUAG